CCAUGAAUGAACAAUUAAUUAUCUUCUUCUCUCAAAAAUCAAAACUCUCUCAUUUAUGUUUACAUAAUCUCAUUUGUACCGAAUUCUACUCAAUUCAUUAGAAUUUCUACUUUGAGACUCGAUUCUAUCGGUUUCGUCCCUAGAAUCUAUUUAUCCGUUACAAUUGGUAUCUAGAGCCUUCGAUUUGGCGCGUUAAUGGCUGCGAAAUACAAAUUGGUGAAAAUUUUGAAUGUUGAGGAAGUGGAAGAAAAGAUGGAAAUGGGUAUAUGUUUCAUAUGCGAUAAACCUUUUAGUGUGGAACAUCAAUUGCUUCAUCACACAAAUAUUCAAAUGAUAAUGAAGCAAAAUGAAGAAAAAACUGAACUGGACAAUGAAGGUCCUAUAGAGCAGAAGAUGAAUGAGGGACAUGGUUCUAAAUCUGCAGAAGCUUAUUCCCUCACCACCGAAACCACCACAGUUCCUCCUAAAUCACAAGGUAUAGACACAUUCAACCACAACACAAAUGUUCAUGAACCAGAAACAGACGAGCAAAUUCAGAAAACCCCUAGUUCAACCACCACAAUUCCACCAAAAUCUCCAUCCGUCACAAAUUCAACACCAGAAUUCUCUGAUUCAUUGUUGUCCGGCAAUGAGGACACAAAGAAGACACAUGUUGAAGCCAAAGUACUGAAAGUAGUCGCAGAUUCAAAUUCAGAGAUGAAGAAUAUUGCCAGAGACUCUUCUUUCUUAACUCAUUGUAAUGUAGUUUCGACACCGUCAAUCAAGGAGGGUUUCACUGCAAACCCAAAUAUUGAUGCCUAUAGUUUGCUGCAACCUGCCCUUCAAGUGUUUGAUGAAAUGUCCAUGAAGAAGAUGAAAACCAUAUCUUUAAGCCAACUAGCAACCAUGACAGCAUCGGUUCCAGUUAUGGUUCGACAACUAAAAGUCCUUCUAAGCUUUGACAAUCUCAAAUGUUUUGAUCCCGGUGGAAUGAUUCCUCUUUUGUUUCUUCCAACUUCUUCUGUUUUUAUUUCGUUCCAAUUUCCAUCAAGAGUGUCAUUGCCAAUACCUCCAGAACCACCUGAUUGGGUUGCCGUUCAAGAAUCAUCACUCCAAUUUCCUCUAUGCGUUACUACCGAAGAUUUCUUGCGUUCAAGCUGGCGAUUGCAAUGUUAUUUACAAGACCUGGCUGCUAUAAGUGAAAGUAAUGGUAGUGUUGAUUAUUUUAAUGGAUUAAUUAAAAUUCUUCUGCAGCAUUCCCAAGAGUUGACACAUGAAUUACAAUUUGUUCACACUUGGAGCUACUUGAGUGAUUUUUUUCAUGAUGUUUGUCUAUAUUCUUUGGGAAAUAUUCACUCCUAUUUUAAUGACUGUGCAAGGGGCAGAAUAUUACAUUUUGUUUUUAAAGCUGGUGGAAUUAAACAUAUCAUUGAAGAGUUACUAGUGAUUUUAAUCAAUACUUCAUUAGUACAGUUUGGAAGGAACCAUUUCAAAUCCAAGGGGACUCAAUGAUAAAUUCUAUUGCAUCUUCUCCUAAUUCUAAUUUUCUUAGGUUGCUCCAACUGCUUCUGUUGAAGCUAUGUCAAAAGUCACACUUUGAUGUUGUCAACCUUGCUGUAAAGUUGACUAUUUUGCAUAGGAAAAUGAUCCCUAGAGGACAAUUGCUACUCUCAACAAUUUAUGUCAACAGAGGAAGUGUUAUUGUCACUAAGAUUUUGCUAAAAUGGAGGGAUUUACCACUUAAGCAUGACACUUGGAAAUUUGCUGCCAAUGAUGAUCUUGUUGUGGCUAUUCUACAUAGGAAAAUGAUUGAAAGGGGAAGUGUUAAUGUUCCUUUAAUUCUGCUGAAAUGGAAGACUUCACCUCCUAAGCAUGGAACUUGAAAAUUUUCAUCCUUGAGGACAAGGAUGUUUGAAGGGGAGGGUAUUGUGACAGGAAUUAAGUAUAGUUUAAUAGUUUAUUUUAAAUAAAUAGUUUAUUUUAUGUUAUUUACUCUUUUAGCCCUGAGAGUUGUA